GGGAGAGCCACAUGUAAGGACAGAAGGGUCACCUCCUCUUCACUCCACACGGGAUCUCAGCCAAGGAGGACAUGGAGAUGGACCCCCAGAGACAGACAGGAGCGGCGGUGCCCGCGGAGCCCCUGCCUCAGCCGUGCCGGCCGCGGAGCCGCUCCCCGCCGCGCUGCUGGCUCAGACCCAGCCCGUACCAAGCCAGUGUGCUCCAGGACAGCGUGAGGAGGUACCUGCAGCUGCCAGCAGACCAGACCGUGCUGAUCCUGCACGCCAAAGUGGCACAGAAGUCCUACGGCAACGAGAAAAGGUUUUUCUGCCCCCCACCCUGUGUUUACCUGAGCGGGCCGGGAUGGAAAUUAAAGCAGGAGCAGAUAAAAGCCAGGGACCUGGGAGAGGCUGGAUUUCGGGUGUGUGGGUACAUGGGGCUGGACAGCAUGGGCAGCAGCCUGAUGGAGACCCAGAAGCUGAGCUUUGAGGAGCAGCCAGAUGCGAAGGGGUUCAGCUGUGCCAAGGCUCUGUACAUCUCGGACACGGACAAGCGCAAGCACUUCCGCCUGGUCCUGAAGCUCUUCUUCAGCAACGGGCAGGAGAUCGGCACCUUCCACAGCAAACUCAUCAAGGUCAUCUCCAAGCCCUCGCAGAAGAAGCAGUCCCUGAAGAACACGGACCUCUGCAUCUCCUCAGGCUCCAAAGUGUCCCUCUUCAACCGGCUGCGCUCCCAGACCGUCAGCACCCGCUACCUGGCUGUGGAGGGAGGAGCCUUCAUCGCCAGCGCCAGGCAGUGGGCAGCCUUCACCCUCCACCUGGCCGAGGAGCGCUGCGCCCGCAGCGAGUUCCCGCUGCGGGAAGGGUACAUCCGCUACGGCUCCGUGGUCCAGCUGGUCUGCACGGCCACCGGCGUCACCCUGCCACCCCUGAUCAUCCGGAAGGUGAUGAAGCAGUAUGCCAUGCUGGACGUGGAUGAGCCCAUCUCCCAGCUCCACAAGUGCGCCUUCCAGCUGCAAGGCAGUGACCGCAUGUACCUGUGUCUCUCCACAGACAAGGUGAUCCAGUUCCAGGCAUCUCCCUGCCCCAAGGAGGCCAACAGGGAGCUGCUGAACGACGGCUCGUGCUGGACCAUCAUCAGCACGGAGACGGUGGAGUACACCUUCAGCGAGAGCCUGGCGUGCGUCCGCGAGCCCGUCAGCCCCGUGCCGCUCAUCGCUGCCCUGCAGCUCACAGGUGGUGGGGACGUGGCCAUGCUGGAGGUGCAGGGGGAGUACUUCCAUGCACACCUCAAGGUCUGGUUCGGAGAUGUGGAAGCAGAGACAAUGUACAGGAGCCCCAAGUCCCUCGUGUGUGUCGUCCCUGACGUCUCUGCCUUCGGCAGCGACUGGCGGUGGCUGCGCUAUCCCAUCACGGUCCCGCUCCUGCUGAUCAGGGACGAUGGCCUCAUCUACUCCAGCUCCUUCACGUUCACCUACACCCCAGAGCAGAGCUGCAUCCCAGGGCAGCAGGUCCUCUCAGAUGUUCCCCAGGACUCAGACAAGUUACUCGACAGCAUCCACCAGGAGUUUACCAGGACCAACUUCCACCUCUUCAUGCAGACCUAG